UUUCCGGCGUUCCACCGGAAAGGUCAUCGGAAUGUCAACUAAAGAACUCUACCGGAGAAUUCAGCGUUUCUACAGUUUUCAACCCAAAAUGACGAGUCGCUUUCAUCGCCUAAUGCACACAAUAUCCGAAGAAGAAACCUGCGCGUUGGAAGUGCAGACCCUUCUCAAGAAUAAAACAGAUAAAUUAGUGAGUGAAAUUUUUCAAUCUCUAAGUAAUUGCAAUUUCACAUUAUCGGAAGAUUUCAUUCUAAACGUGCUUAAAAGGCACCGUUCUGAUUGGAAACCAGUUUUUAUCUUCUUCAAAUGGAUAUUAGUAGGUGAAAAUCCAUGUAGGUAUUCACCAAAUACUGAAUCUUUCGAUGAAAUUCUCGAUAUUCUUGGUCGUAUGAAACGUUUUGAUGAACUCAACCAAGUGCUCGACGAAAUGUCUAAGAGAGGAAAUUUGAUUAAUGAAAAAACUUAUGGUAUUGUGAUUAAUAGAUAUGCUGCAACUCAUAGAGUUGAAGAUGCAAAAGAGUUUUUCUAUAAGAGGAAAAAUUUUGAUUUGGAACUUGAUCUAAUUGCUUUUCAAACUCUUCUUGUGUGUUUAUGCCGAUACAAACAUGUUGAAUAUGCUGAAUUAUUGUUCUAUAAUAAGAUAAUUGAGUUUAAGGAUAACAUUAAAACUCAGAAUAUUAUUUUGAAUGGAUGGUGUGUUUUGGGGAAUUCACAAGAGGCGAAGAGGUUUUGGAAUGAUAUUGUGACUUCAAAAUGUAAGCCGGAUAAAUUUAUAUAUGGGAUAUUCAUCAAAUUAUUAUUUAAAUCAGGGAAAAUAAGCAGGGCGGUAGAGUUGUUCAAGACAAUGUGGGAAAAAGGGCGUAAGCCAGAUGUUGCAAUUUGUAAUUGUAUUAUUGAUGGAUUGUGUUUCAAAAAGAGGAUUCCCGAAGCCCUUGAGAAAAAUCUGAAAUUUGAAAAGGGAGAAGGGAUAAAGAAGAAUAAAUAG